CGGUCAUGUGAUCAGCUAUGUCCAAUCACAGCUGAUCGCAUGACAUCUACACAGAUCAUCAGGGCACUGAUGAUCAGUGUGCCCUGAUGAUCAGUGUAGCCCCAGCAGUGCCUUGUGUCAGUGCUCAUCAGUGCCUCGUGCCAGUGCCCAUCAAUGCCACAUAUCAGUGUCUACCAGUGCACAUCAAUGCCACAUAUCAGUGCCCAUCUGAGAUGCCUUUCAGUGUCACACAUCAGUGCCAGUCAGUGCCACCUAUCAAUGCCAAUCAGUGCCACCUAUCAGUGCCACCUAUCAGUGCGCAUCAGUGCCGUCUAUCAGUG